AUGCGGCUAACCUAUGUACACCCACAGGCCCAGGAUACAGCUCAUGCACCCGCAGGCACUCAAGGUGUUAUCCUUGAUUGGGAUGUCCAUAAUGGAACUGACGAGGGAGCGUUCCCCGAUGGAGUUUAUCGCGCUCGUUUCACCAACAACUAUGUGCGUGCGGCUAUUCCUGAGAUCAAUUACGAUGGAGACAUUGCUACAUGGGACCCGACUACUUUUGCAGCAUUCGAUGAAGAGGCUGCAGAAUAUAAUUCGAUGUUGGCCCGUACUAUGCCCUAG